AUGAAAGGCUGCACACCUCAAGAUCGGCUGUGCAAGGCCUUGUUCACCAUCAACUUUCUAAACUGCUCUUCUGACAAUCCAAACCCUCCAGUGGUGCGCCACUUUCAGUCUACAAGUUACAGGCUACAAGAACACCCGCCAGAGCUGGAAGGAGGUGUUGUUGCUCUCUUUAAGAUCUGCCACCAGGAUUGUUUCAGAUGCCUUUAUCCCCAGACCCUGAGAACACUGGCUUCAAUUUGUUGUGUAGAGGAAGGGAUGCACGAGCUGGAAAAGGGAGACAAGGUGUUGUGCCUGGCUGACAUCCUCACUGAUACCAGCCAUUCUGAAGCUACUCAUGCAGAAGCAGCAGCAGUAAUUGGCCAGAUCAUAUCUCCACUUCUCAUGUUCACUCAGCAUCCCAGAAACUUUCUGGAAGAUAAGGAAGAAAUCAUGACAGCACUUGUCAAACUGUGCCAAGAAGCCUCAUCAGGUGAAGUUUUCCUGAUGGCUUCAGCAGCUCUUGCCGAUAUUACUUUCUUUGAUAUCAUGGCUUGUGAAAUAUUGCUCCACUUAAAUGCAAUGAAGAUUCUCCUAGCAGUGUGCUCAGACAAACAUACUCCUUAUUCCUGGGAUCAGGUGGUAACAAUAUUGGCAAACAUGUCUGUCUUGGACCAGUGUGCUUCAGAAAUCAUUCAAGGAAAUGGUGUUCAACUUUUAAUGGAAAUGCUCUUUGAAAAAUCCUCCUCAGGAAAUCCAGCAGAUGUUGCAGCUUGUGAGCGAGUCCAGCAGAAAUCUGCAGUUACCCUGGCACAGCUCAGCCGAGAUCCUGAGGUGGCAGAUGCAGCCGUAAAACUCAGCUGUGUUCCUCACCUGAUUAAACUUUGCAGAUCACCGACAGAAAGAAAUAACAGUGAAUCUGUUUUAGUGGCAAGUCUGGCAGCCUUGUGGAGACUAGCACUUAUGAGUUGUGAUGGACUGGAAGAGUCAGAUUUUCAGCAGCUGGUAAAGCCCAGACUCAUGGAUUCUUUUCUGCUGUGCACAAACAUGGAAGAGAGCUUUGUAUGA